GUGACGCGCGGGGCCGCUCCCGCUGCUCUCGGCCGCGCCGGGAUCCGGAAGCGCGCGCGCAGUUCCGGCAGUUCCGGGGCUCGCGCGGCCGCGCGCCGCCCGCCGCACGUCCUCCGCGAUGGCGCACAUCACCAUCAACCAGUACCUGCAGCAAGUACAAGAAGCCAUUGAGACCAGAGAUGGUACAUUUUGUGCAGAAUUGGUAUCAUUUAAACAUCCACAUGUUGCAAACCCAAGGCUACAGCUUCCAUCUCCAGAGGAGAAGUGCCAACAAGUUUUGGAAUCACCAUAUGAUGAAAUGUUUGCAGCCCACUUAAGGUGUACUUAUGCUGUUGCAAACCAUGACUUUGUCGAAGCAUACAAAUGCCAAACAGUUAUUGUGCAAUCUUUCCUGCGAGCAUUUCAGGCUCAUAAAGAAGAAAAUUGGGCCUUACCUAUUAUGUAUUCUGUAGCCCUUGAUCUUCGAAUUUUUGCUAAUAAUGCAGAUCAACAGCUUGUGAAGAAAGGGAAGAGCAAAGUGGGUGACAUGUUGGAAAAAGCAGCAGAGCUGCUGAUGGGCUGCUUUCGAGUCUGUGCCAGUGACACUCGAGCAGGCAUCGAAGACUCAAAAAAGUGGGGCAUGUUGUUUCUUGUGAAUCAGCUGUUUAAAAUUUAUUUUAAGAUCAACAAGCUCCAUCUCUGUAAGCCCUUAAUUAGAGCAAUUGACAGCUCAAACCUGAAGGAGGAGUACAGUAUGGCACAGAGAGUUACAUACAAAUACUAUGUUGGACGCAAGGCCAUGUUUGACAGCGACUUUAAGCAAGCUGAAGAGUAUCUGUCAUUUGCCUUUGAGCACUGUCACCGAUCAAGCCAGAAGAACAAAAGAAUGAUUUUGAUCUACCUGCUGCCAGUAAAAAUGUUGUUGGGCCAUAUGCCAACAGUUCAGCUCUUAAAAAAGUAUGACCUUAUGCAGUUUGCUGAAGUAACAAAGUCUGUGAGUGAAGGAAAUCUUCUCCUUCUGAAUGAUGCUCUGACAAAGCAUGAGACCUUCUUUAUUCGAUGUGGAAUCUUUCUUAUCCUUGAGAAGCUGAAAAUCAUCACAUAUAGGAAUCUCUUCAAGAAAGUAUAUUUACUACUCAAAACUCAUCAGCUAUCUCUAGAUGCUUUUCUGAUUGCCCUGAAGUUCAUGCAAGUAGAUGAUGUUGAUAUUGAUGAAGUCCAGUGUAUUUUAGCUAACCUCAUAUAUUUGGGUCACAUUAAAGGCUACAUAUCCCAUCAGCAUCAGAAGCUUGUGGUCAGCAAGCAGAACCCAUUUCCUCCACUGUCAACAGUGUGUUGUUGAGUAUUGCAUCUUAGCCAUGAAAGUACUCUUCAGAUACUCAGCUUGCCCAGUGGGACUGCUCCCAGUGACCCAAGAGCACUGUAAAUGGCCUGGUUCAUGUCCAGGACUGAAAUACCAGGAACUGUUUGUGGCUCCUUUCCCAGAAUGGCCAAGGCUGCCAGUGUUACAAAGUGCAUUGAAAUGAAAUGUUGACUUUUAAAUGGUAGUUUUCACAGGCUUUCUAGAUCAUUCAAAGUAUCUCAUAAAGAAAUAAAGCAAAGCAUUCCAAAUUCCUUCCCAACUACUUAAAAGCUUUUAUAAAGUACUUCAUGUUACUAUCUGUGUUUAUCCUUCAGAGGGAAGUAUCAGCCUUUGUUGCUUGUGUUAAUCCAUUCUUCAGAGUGGAAGUAAUGUUUUCUUACAUGGUUUCCAUUUUUUUUUAACUCUCAAUAAUUUUUCUGGUAUUAAAUACUGUCUUCAAACUGUCUCUAAAAAA